CACUACGGGAGUUCUAUUGUGCAACCAUGCAUGCAAUGAUCAUUAGUCAAACAGUUUCUGCUUUAAAUGACGUCAGCAUGUUUUUUUUCCUAAACUUUAGCAGCCUUUAUAUAACAUAAUCUUCUUGGCUUCUUACGUUAAAGUUAUCAUCCGACCGCCAGAUAUAUUUCCCCGCCUCGAUCCUCGCCGUUGUUUCAGUUUCAUAUAACAUUUUGUCGAUAUAAAAAAAUUAUAAUUCGAAUCUAGCGGUUUUUAUUGGACGUGAAUAAUCUAAUCUCAUCACCGGAAAAAGAUGGCGUAUGCAAAAAUCGGUUACGGUGGGAGUUAUCUGGUGCAACGCGGCGUAUUAGAGCAUCCGUGUGGUUCCGAUCAGAAUGCGAGAUCGCUGCUUUCGUCGUCGUUUCCGAUCAAUCUAGUUGGUAAUAGGCGAUCUAGCGUGGGAACGAUCUCGGCGUCGAUAGCGGAAGCCGUGACUGAGAUAGAGAAACAGAGAGGAGGAGGAAGAAGAAGCAGAGGAGGAGGAGGAGGAGGAGAUCGUAGAGCGGUGGAGUUGGAGCGUGAGAAGCUAGACAGGUGGAUGAAGGAUUCGGUGACGGAGAUCGUUAAGAAUCUAAGCGAAGCGCCGCUGUUAGUUCAUUUGUACUCCAACGAGGGAACGGUGGUGGUGAUGAAAGCAGAGGAAUGGGCGGCGGUGAAGGGGAGAUGGGAGAGAGGAGAGGCGGAGAUGCCGGAGGGGAUAGUAUUCGUGGAGCAGUUAGGAGCGGCGGAAGAGGACAGCUGCGGCUGUGGUUUUGACGGUGGAGACGGAACACGUGCGUGGGGGUUGGUGGUGCAAGGCAAAGGAGUUGAGUGUGGGCCGGUUUGUUAUCUGCUAAAAACGACACGGGUCGGGUCAGGAUCCGGGUCGGGUUUAGGGAUGAGGUGUACGCAUUUCUGCUUAGCUAAGGUGUCGAGUUUUAGAGAGACUUGUGAAUCUCAGCUUAAGAAUUGUUGGCUUGUUGGUAAUUGAUAAAAUUAAAAAAAAAAAAAAAAAAGAAGCUAAAAUUUACUUAAAAAAUCAUGUAAAUAUAAAUUUAUUUGACCCAUUUGGGUAUUGUAGAUUACAACAAUAAAUGUUUAAUUGAAUAACACAAGAUUUGGUAGA